AAUUUGUUAAAGAGUUUUACAACAAUGUAAUUGAUUUACAGGCAGAAGGAAGAAAGACGUACUUUGACACUGAAGAUCCAAAUUUCAUUACAUCGGAAAUGCAAAAUUCUAAAGAAUUCAAAACUAAUAUGGAUUAUUUCAGAAGCCAACUCAACAAACUUUUAGAAAAACUCAAUGAAAGGACUGUACCAUUUUGGUCACCUCGUUAUAUGGGUCACAUGGUUACAGAAACAACCAUGCCAAGUAACCUUGGUUACGUGGCAGCCUUACAAUACAACCAAAACAAUAUUGCUACUGAAGGUUCUCCACUAACCACUUUGCUCGAAGCUGGUGUUGGAAAUCAGUUGUGUGAAAUGCUUGGAUUUAACAUUGAUAAUAAUUUAAACAUCAAUUUGGACAAUCUUGACAAAAAAAAUGAAAAUAUUUACAAUUUUGGCCUUCAAGAGAUACAAACACGUAACCUUAAAUUCUAUCCGCUAUCCCUUCGCCUUGCUAUUGAGGAAGGUCAUUUGUCGUUCAUUGGCAGGAAUUUUACUGUUGAGUUAGCCAAUGGUUUGGAGAAUAAGCUUCUUAUGGAUUGUACCACUUGGGAAUUGCUUAACCUCAAACCGAGCACUGUGUUAAAUAUCCCUGAAAGACUUUUUCAAAAGUAUGGAAUUUCUCCUCAGUUUUUACAGGCUUCUCUCAAGGACUACUCCAUUCAGUCUGUAGGAAAAGAUUAUCUAGAGCAAAGAUUUGAAUUAGUUUUUUUAGUGUGUGUGUGUUUUAAUGUUUCUUUUACAAAUAUUUCUUCUACUAUUACUAAUAUUUCUUUUACUUCAAUCAAUUAUAUUACUUUAUUUAAAGCCAUUGUUGGAAUUGGAUCCGGAAAUUUGAAAAGCAUUCCAGUAGACAAUGCGGCACGAAUUGAUGUUAAAGAGCUUGAUAAAGUUCUCUUCGAAUGCGUUAGAAAUAAACAAGCUGUUUAUGCAGUAGUUGCGAUUAUGGGAUCAACCGAACAAGGUGCCUGUGAUCCUUUAGCCGAUAUAGUAGCGCUUCGAGAUCGAUAUCAACGCAGAUAUGGACUUAGUUUUGUCAUUCAUGCAGAUGCUGCAUGGGGUGGAUAUUUUCGUACGAUGCUUGUUGAACCACCCCAAAAUUCCUCAACUGGUGAUUGCCUAAAAGACCAUAAUGAAAAUCAUAAUACUUUUGUUCCUAUUUUGGCCUUAAAUCCUUAUACAAGAAAGCAUUUAUAUAGUCUAAAAGAUUGUGACUCUGUCACUAUUGAUCCACACAAAAGUGGAUAUAUCCCAUAUCCUGCUGGUGGUUUAUGUUAUCGAGACCAACGCAUGAGAUAUCUGGUCACGUGGACAAGUCCAGUUGUAACUCGUCCUAAGGAAGAAAGUAUGGGGAUUUAUGGUGUGGAAGGAAGCAAACCUGGUGCAGCUCCAGUAGCUGCUUGGCUUUCUCAUAAUGUAAUCGGCCUUCAUCAAAAAGGUUAUGGUGCAUUAUUAGGACAGGCAACUUUUACUUGUAGCAAGAUGUAUUGUCAUUGGGCUACUAUGUCAACUGAUGAUGAUGACUUCAUCGUUGUUCCGUUCAACAUGUUACCUGUUGAAAGGCUCAAUUCACCAAAUCUAAAGGAAGUCAAAAAUCAAAAACAAAGAAUCAGGGAACUAAUUGUCAACAAAUCAAAUUUGGAGAUCAUAAAGAAUGAAGAAGCAUUAAAUUUAAUUAAAAAUGUUGGUUCUGAUCUUAUAAUAAACACUUUCGCAUGCAACUUCAAAGUGAAAGGCGAAGUGAACGAAGAUGUAAACGAAGCAAAUUAUCUUAAUCAGCGUCUAUUCGAAAAAUUCUCACUUACCUCUUACAGACAAACUAACAAAUCAAAACCGUUGAUUCUUACUUCCACGGUGCUCAAGCAGAGUGCAUAUGGUCAUUGUCUUACGAAUUUUAAGAACCGUCUCGGCUUAAAGGGUGACCAAGACCUCUAUGUGUUAAUUAAUGUAGUUAUGUCUCCUUGGCCUACGGAGUUCGAUUUUAUCUCAAUACUUACGAAUGCUUUUAAACAAUCUUUGAAAGAGCUGGCUGAG